AUGAAAGAAUUAAGUCAUGAUUACAUUGACAAUGGAAUUGAUUUUGCUUUGAAACAAUUCGGUUUCUUGUCGAAGAUCUUUAAUUUCUUCGGAAUUAAUGGUUACGUCAGAUCUGUUUUGAACUUGAAACAACUUGAAUAUAAGAAAUUGACCGAAAUCAACACGAAAAUCAAUGACGUCGCAUUAUCAAAUCAUGAGUUAUUACAUGGUGUGUUCAACCAAUUCUUUAUUGACGCAAUUUCUCGCGCAAUUUUGUUGGUUGGAGUCAAACAAACUUAUUUGAUGCAGGCAGUGAAUUCUGAGAUAAAUGAUUUCAACGUGAGAAUGGUUAAAAAAGAUGUUUUGAAAGAUACGAUUAUUUGUAAAGUGUCGAAUCAAUUGAACGAAAACAAACAGAUUAAAAUAGGUUUGAGACAUAGAACUCCUAUUUUGAUUAUAUCGAAUUACUUGAAGAACUACAAUGAUAACGAAAGAGCUCUUCAGAAAAUACUUUGUAAUGGAAACAUUGCUGCUAUUUUCAUAAUUGAAAACAGUAGAAAUAUUUCAACAAAUUAUUUCUGUAUUGCUAAUGAUGUUAUUUUUGUUUUUGACAGAAAAAUGACUUUGGCUGCAAAGAUUCCAAUUAGUCAGAUCAAAUCUUUGUUAGAAAACACUUUGACUUUGUUCACUUCAAAAGAACCAAUUGUUUUCUCAAAUGAAUUAAGUCAAGCUGUCAAAUUAUUUAUCUCAACAAAAACUGAUUUGGCUGAAAAUUAA